AAGCGAGCAAUCUCAGAAUCCCAGUUUGGGAGGGGCCGAGCGUCGUAAAGUCUGACGUCUAUCGCACAACUGCAACCAGAAAUUCGCACCCAAACCCUCGCUGCAGCCAUGCCGCGCCCAUGCCAGAGACGGCGCGCCACUGCAGCUGAGAAUCGAAAGUCCAGAUCCACAAAACCACAAGGACCGCCCCCAAUCCGGCACAAAGCGCGCCAAAAAGCCAUACACAACGCGAGGAAAGCAGAGCGCGGAGGAGCACGUGGAGGAAGGGGACGAGGACGCGGCGGCCAACAACACAAUGGCAGCGGUCGGUUUGCACGCGGCAGAAAUAACAAUGGGGACCAAGAAGAGCAGGACUUUAUACCCCUGAGCGGCGGCGGCAACAAUUUCGAGGCGCUGUAUCGGGCAAGGCCAGACUAUGACAUGGACAGCCUGGACGAAAGACAUACCCAAAAGAGCGACAGCUACAGCGACGACGAUAGCUUGACAGACUCGGACAUACUUGACGACGAUGAGGAUUUGGAGGAUACCCAAGACAUAUCAAUCAAUAUCGAGGAAUAUCUACCCACACAUGGCAGGAGGAAAAACCCCAGGCCUACAGUCAUGUUCACGGUACCUGCUGCAGUCGCUGUCUACAAGGAAAUGUACUUGUCUCAGUUCCCGCUCAGUGUAUUGACGCUCCGUACCCAUUACGGCCUCUUUCAGGAAGAUACUACUCCAGAUUCUGGCGCAUACAUAUCUCUUGCUUCGUCCGCAGCCUCUCGUCCGCCAACGGUGAGCAGCGCCACAAGCGAGGAACCCGUUGUUGCAGAAGAAUCCCUAAGAACCGAUCUCGAGGCACAUAAUUCUGCACGUGACUAUGUCUUCAAUUGGGGAGUGAAUAACGGCAAACGAUUCACCGAGGUCGACGACAAGUAUUUGCGUACUAUUGGGGGUCAGCUAUAUAGAUAUACAGACAUGCAUCCUGGCCUGCAAGAGGCUUUUGAAUAUCACAGGCCGGGUCAAGCGCGUCUCUCGCCGCCGAAACCUGGCCCUCGGCCCCGACAACGAGGGUCAAAGGCGAAAAAAGCUGCACAGCAAGCUCCCCAGAAGCCUUCCGCACAUGGUCCAUCGCAGCCAGAGACGUCCAAGUCUCAAAAAGGGAAGCAAAAAGGCAAACGAAGGCGACCCUGAAGAACAUCAACAUGAUAGUCCAAUCGUGUACUAGCGGUCACUACCGCAGGUGCCUUUCACUCGAGCGUUUGCAGGUGGGCCAAGCGGUACAUUCACCCUUCACCACUCAUCGCCCACAGUAAAUAACUUGAAUAUUUCUCUUAUCCCGCCUUGUUUACUUGACAACAACCAACCCUCCACACCGCAGUACCCAUCGUCCUCUACA